UCUCUCUCUCUGUCUCUCCUUCACACACACACGCACGCAAACUGAAUCGGCCACAUUUUUCUCCCUCUCAAACUAUGUAUUCUACUUCAUUAUCGUCCGCAUCUGUAAAUAGAACCUUGUGGAUGCCCUUGAUUUUGCCGUAAAUUACUGGAAAGCCAUAGCAGUGUUCGAUCUAUACGGCUAUACCUCCAAGUUUCUUCAUACUUCUUUCUCCAUCUCUAAUCCGAUCGAUUUCCAAGGGGUUUGGUUCGAAAAUUGAAUUAAUUGUUGGGGUUUGAGUUUGAUCGCUGUAAAUUGUGAUGAAUUCGCGAGGUAGAUAUCCGCCGGGGAUGGGUGGCGGCCGAGGCGGUGGGAAUGGGAACGGGAACCCUAGUUUUCAACCAAGAAAUCCUUCUCAGCAGCAGUACGUGCAGAGAAGUGCAGUGCCGUAUUAUCAACAGCUUCAGCAGCAGCAACAACAACAGCAACAGCACCAACAACAACAACAACACCAACAUCAACAUCAACUGCAACAACAGUGGCUGAGACGGAACCAAUUGGCUACAGAAUCUAGCGCAGAUGAGGUCGAAAAGACCAUACAGUCCGAAGCGGUUGAUUCCAGUUCACAAGAUUGGAAGGCACGGUUAAAGAUUCCACCACCUGAUACUCGAUACCAAACAGAGGAUGUGACAGCCACCAAAGGAAAUGAAUUUGAAGACUAUUUUCUCAAGCGUGAGCUGCUCAUGGGAAUAUAUGAGAAGGGUUUCGAAAGACCAUCUCCUAUUCAGGAGGAAAGUAUUCCAAUUGCCCUAACUGGAAGCAAUAUUCUUGCUAGAGCUAAAAAUGGAACAGGGAAGACUGCUGCCUUUUGUAUUCCUGCUUUAGAGAAAAUUGAUCAAGAUAACAAUGCUAUUCAAGUUGUUAUUCUUGUUCCCACCCGAGAAUUGGCUCUUCAGACAUCACAAGUUUGUAAGGAACUCGGGAAGCACUUGAAAAUUCAAGUGAUGGUCACGACCGGUGGAACUAGCCUAAAAGAUGACAUCAUGCGAUUAUAUCAACCAGUUCAUUUACUUGUUGGAACUCCUGGAAGAAUUCUAGAUCUAGCGAAAAAGGGUAUUUGCAUUUUGAAAGAUUGCUCAAUGCUAGUUAUGGAUGAGGCUGAUAAGCUUUUGUCACCGGAGUUCCAACCAUCAAUAGAGGAACUCAUUCGUUUUAUGCCUAUGAAUCGUCAAAUUUUGAUGUUUUCAGCUACGUUUCCUGUUACAGUCAAGGAUUUCAAAGAUAGAUAUUUGCAUAGGCCCUAUGUCAUCAACCUUAUGGAUGAGCUUACUCUAAAAGGCAUAACACAGUAUUAUGCUUUUGUAGAAGAAAGGCAGAAAGUUCACUGCCUUAACACUCUUUUCUCAAAGCUUCAAAUCAACCAAUCAAUCAUUUUCUGCAACUCGGUAAAUCGGGUAGAACUGCUGGCAAAGAAAAUCACAGAGCUUGGCUAUUCAUGCUUUUAUAUUCAUGCAAAGAUGCUCCAAGAUCAUCGCAACAGAGUCUUUCAUGAUUUCCGCAACGGUGCAUGCAGAAAUCUUGUUUGUACUGAUUUAUUUACAAGGGGGAUAGAUAUUCAAGCAGUUAAUGUUGUUAUCAACUUUGAUUUCCCUAAGAACGCAGAAACAUAUCUACACAGGGUUGGUCGAUCAGGGAGGUUUGGACACCUUGGGUUAGCUGUGAAUUUGAUCACUUAUGAAGAUCGCUUCAAUUUGUAUAGGAUGGAACAAGAACUUGGGACUGAGAUUAAACAAAUUCCUCCACAUAUAGAUCAGGCUAUUUACUGCCAGUGAUUUGUGGUAAACAUUCUUCUAUGUGGUCAACAGUGGAAACAAUGGUGAGCAUUGUUGUUUUUGCAGAUGCAUUUCAGUUUGUCACUUUGAGUGCUGAUUUACAAAGAUGUAGCACGCGAUUUACAGUCAUGUUCGUGAUCAUUUCAUCAUUUAUCUUCAGGCUUUUUUUGUUUCUUCGUAUGGUCACCUUGUUUUUAGUUGAUUCCUGUAAGCUUGGACUCGGCAGAUUUAAUUGUUAUCGCGUGAUAUUAAUUUGCAAUUAUAUGUUUUGAUUGUGUAGAUAAACUAGCUUGUUUACAUGCUUGGUGAUCUUCCUGUUGUGUAGAUUGCCAAAAUUACUUCCAAAUUCUGGGGCAAAUGUGUUUGGAUACACUUGAUGCUAGAUGUGGAAAUGCUCUACCUCUAUUCUGUGUCAUCGAGCAUUUUGUUCAUUAUGUUAUAGUGUCUUAUUUACCUUGUAUGUUUAGUCUUUAGGGGCAAACAUUUGUUAGAAGUUGGAUGUACUGGAUAUAGGAAUGCUCCACUUUUUUUCAUAUUAGUGGGCAUUGUUUGUAUCAUGUUAAGGGUGACUUAUAUUGCCUGAAUUCUUAGUCCACAGAUUAUUUGACCCAUUAAUCUUUAUUAUGAUUGAACAGAUAAAAUGUUGACACAUUAGGUGACCGUAUAGUUUGGAUCUUAUUGCCUGAUGAUGUUUCAGUGUGUCCAAUCAUAUCUGACUGACCCAAAGAUGAAUUCAGGCUUUGGGGUCAUCGUAAUUUUUGUAGCUCAGGGAAUAAAAUCAUGGAAGAGUUGUAUUGGGGAACAAAAGUAUAGAGUUGAAGAGCCAGUGCGAACGUAUCUGGGCAGGCAUUCUGAAUAGCAAAUUUUAAGAAUAUGCACAUUCCUAGAGAAAGCAAGGCAGGAUUGGUGGGGCUGCCUGUUUGAGAAGGUAUACAACUCAGCUUCGGAGGGGCAUGAUUCUGAAGGUAACGCUUAUGGAAGACGUACGGCUGGUUUUUGAUGCUAAAACCCUGGAGUUCUCUUGGAUGUCAGGUUUCUCAUGUCCUUUGAACUUUAACAGGACAUGAAAUCUUUAAUGGUACAUAAUUCCCCGACUAAUACUGGGUUUGCGUUGCAAUUGUCUUGGAUUUGGUAAUAUUUGCUGUCGGAUUAGUUUGUGUCGCUUACAAAUGGUAUGUAUGCUUAACACAUAAAAAACAUGGUUUCAUUUCUAGCUUGUGUGUCUGAUCAUCAAAUUUCUGGUAAAUUUCACAUCAUUGAGGGGAUAAUUUCCAUCUUUGCACAUCAAAGGUUCUCAUGUGUUGUUGCAC